CUAAAUCAAAUGCACAUUGUUCACAUGGUGGAAGGAAUUGAAUAGUGAGCAAUUGCCGGUGCAAAUACGGAGUACAGCGAAGGACUCAAGAUUCAGACGUUCCAACUGACAACUGCACCCCCUCAUCAUUGAUUCUUUAACAAUCCAAAAAUGCUAAUCUACUGAAAGAAACAUCGUCAACUGUUCUUUCUCUCUGUAGAUUCAGAUGGAUUCUCUCUCCUCCCAUUGGAUCUUUCUCGUUUUUCUUGCUUGCUUCCCAAUUUUAAUACUUGCUGAUGCUGGAUUUGACCCUGCUUCCGUCGUCACUCCCAUCAAUCGCGAUCUCUAUCGUACCAGUGCUGAUUUGAUGGAAGAGAUAGAGGCAUUGGUGAAUCGUCAUCCAAAGAAGCUUAGUAUAGAAACAAUGGAAUCUGUAAACAAGGGGUAUGAAGCACAGGUGGCUGUUGUAACUUACUGCAGGGAUAGAAAUGAAGAUGACAAGUCAAAGUUUAGGAUCCUUCUUACUUUUGGGCAGCAUGGGAGGGAGCUCAUAACAUCUGAGCUUGCCUUGCGAGUCCUUUCUAUUUUAAGUGAGGAGGAGUUCCUCCCCAAAAUGGACCGGAAGUCCAUGAACAACACACUCGACAAGCUUAUUAUCAAGGUUGUGCCAAUGGAAAAUUUAAAUGGCCGAAAACGUGUGGAGGCUGGAGAUCUUUGUGAAAGGAGAAAUGGAAGAGGAGUUGAUUUAAACCGCAACUGGAGUGUAGAUUGGGGUAAAAAAGAGAAGGAUUAUGAUCCUUAUGAAGAAAAUCCUGGAAGUUCUCCUUUUAGCGAGCCUGAGAGCCAAAUAAUGCGGAAAAUUGCUUUGUCUUUUGAGCCACAUCUAUGGGUUAAUGUGCACUCUGGAAUGCAGGCUUUAUUCAUGCCAUAUGACCACAGAAAUACUACCCCAGAUGGAGCUUCUUCAGCUAAAAUGAAAGCAUUGGUGAAUGAUUUGAAUUAUCGGCACUUCCAAGGUCACUGCAUGACUGGUUCUGGGGGAGGCUCCGUUGGGUAUCUAGCACACGGUACUGCAACAGACUACAUUUAUGAGAUUGCAAAAGUUCCCAUGGCUUUCACUUUUGAGAUUUAUGGAGAUGAAUCAGCUCCAGUAAAAGACUGCUUCAGAAUGUUUAAUCCAACAGAUCAAACCACAUUUAAGAGAGUUCUUAAUGACUGGUCCGCUGCAUUCUUCACGCUAUUCAAGUUUGGGCCACAGCUGCUGGGUAUGGCAAACUCGAAUGAAUCAGUAAAGUUGAUAUCAAUGGAUGAUUAUUUAGAUGGAUAUCUGAUGAGUAGACGGAGUCGAUAUGGAAAGAAAUUGGAGGUGUUUGAGUUGGGAUUGCAGGAAAUACGAUCUUAUUUCAGACUAUUUUUGCUUUCUUGUGUUAUUUUGAUGUUCAUGUUUUGUACUAGAAUUUCAAAGAGCAAGCUUCAGAGGCCUAAUGCUUCUCCCUGAUGCAGUUGUUAACCAUUUUUGUUUGUUCUAUAUUAUCAAUUCAUAUAAUUACCACUGAUUGAUUACGUAUUCUUUUUCAUCUUGUACACAGUAAAAUUCUCCGUAUAUCCAUUCUCUUACUUGUGAUCCCUCUCAGUCUGGGUUAUUUCA